CGUAUUUGCUUUUGAACUUGAGUGUUGUAUUACCAAGUUAGAGCAAAAAUUUGUCAUUGAAUUGUUUUGUUGAUAAAACCUGACGAGUGACUACUUGUGACUCAUAUUCGAUAAGUGUAUUCAUUUUGUUCAAUAUCGUCUGUUAAAAAGGAAAAAUUGAGAAGUGCCCAAAAAAUGGCUGGAUAUUCAGAGGAUCAACUAGCUGAAUUCCAGGAAGCUUUCCAGCUGUUUGACUCUCGUGGAGAUGGCAAAAUUCAUGUAGCACAGAUUGGAGAUGCUCUGCGUGCACUUGGCCAGAAUCCCACGGAAUCAGAUGUGAAGAAAUGUACUCUUCACUUGAAGCCAGACGAAAGAAUAUCUUUUGAGGUGUUUCUUCCUAUUUACCAGGCUAUCUCCAAAGCGCGCAGUGGUGACACAGCCAACGACUUCAUCGAGGGCUUGCGGCACUUCGACAAAGACGGCAAUGGUUUCAUCUCGUCGGCGGAGCUGCGCCACCUGCUGUCCACGCUCGGAGAGAAACUUAGUGAUGAUGAGGUCGAGCAGCUGCUGCAGGGCCAGGAGGACUCUCAGGGCAACAUCAACUAUGAGAACUUCGUGCACCUCAUCAUGCAGGGCUGAGCGCGAUCCGCUAUGUAUCUAUCACAAUCAUUAAGUAGUCAUUAAUCAUCAAGCGUCACGAGGGGCGCCCGGGGGCCGCUCCUUCGCAUUUACGGUGGCUGUACGCACCGCUCAUUACACACGUAGACUUUUAUGUCGAAACUUAUGAUUCCGUACAUGUAUUCCCGUUCUAUGAUAUUCCAAAAAACUAAUUAUGUAAUAUUAUACUAUGUUUGUACAAAAAUAAAUAAACGUAAUCUCUAACUUUUCAUA